AGGAGAGUAGGAGGGCAUUGUUGUGGAAGAGGCUGGAAGAAAUCGGGCAGAAAUGGUAACUAUGGUUUGCCAGCCGGUAUAGGAAAUCAUUGGGUUGGCUGAUUGGGUAAGCCGCAGCCGGAGAAAGGCUAUAAAACCGAUCGGAAGUGCUGGAAAUUGCUUAGUUUCGGCCAGAUUACCAUCCCAUGCGGUGCAGGUCUCAAAACGUGUGAUCGUGCCAGUUCGCCAACACGCCAACACGACCGGAGUGUACUGUGGAGAAGCAAUUCAGUAGCAACAGAGUGAGUGGAUCGGCAGGAUCGGCAGGAUCAGCCCAGGUCCUUUUUGUGUGUAGUUUUGUGAACUUUGAACAGUGACCUACCGAACCGUCGUUUUGUCGAGUAGAACGAUUAGUGAGUACGUGCGAGUGAGAAAAACUUUUUUUUUGGAUAGAAAUUUCUGGGCAAAGUUUUAAACUUCUCGUUCUUACUCCGUUGGUCAAGUGGUAGCUUAUCAGCCGACAAAACUUCAAUCAACCAUCCGUGCGAAUUUACUACCGACUGUCAUGGUGUUGUCCACGAAAAUGACUAUAUCAGCAGUACUGUUAGUAGUAUUGGUGGUGAUGACAUCCGCGGAAGGUGUCGAACGGCGGCGGCCAUUAUAUCGUCGGGGUUCUACAACAACUACAAUAAGCCCGCUGACGGAUGACAGUGAAGGUUCGGAGAGCAAGUUUAAACCGAACGGCAAAGAUUUGUACACGGUAAGCGAUUCGUAUCCCGUGUCGGGUAGUAUCGGCGGUAGCGGUGUAUCCGGCAACUUUAAAUCAGAUGGCGAUAAACUCACGUCAUUUUCGGAGUACACCUUUGGCAGCACUAAACUCUCGGGCGGUGGUACAGACGUCGGUGUGCUGGAAGGAUCCAGCUCGGAUGAAGAGUCCACCUUCAGCGCGUUUAAGAAUCACAAAAAGGCUUCCCUUCUUCCCACGACCAAUGCAAGCAACAAGGAUAGGAAACCAAACAGCGGAGCGUUUGACUUUUUGAGUGGGGAUUUUGCCAAACCGAAGCUGCCGACCGGUGGCAAUGCGCAUCUGCUCGAUACGAGCUCGAUCGUAGGGCUCGGUGGCAAGACGAAAGCGUCCUCGGCAAUUUCGAGCAAAUUUUCAAUCUCCCAUCCGACUCCGACCAGUAGCAGUAAGGCGGCCGGCAAACUUGCUCACCUGGACGACUCGACGGAGUACGAUGUGUACGCUAGCCUUGGACACGGCGCUGGAAAGCCCAAGCUAGGUGCAGCCGGCAAACACCGUGGUGCCAGUAGCUCGUUUACUUCGGCCGCCGGCAGCUCGUUCGGUUUCGAGGGCAAGGUUAAGAAGGUACCGUUCAAGUACGAGGACGGAGGUAUUGGGGCGCUUGCCGGCAAGGGCAAACAGAAGCCGAAGGUGUCAAUCGACGACGACACGUUCGGUAGCAGUGCAUCGCUUGCAUCGGCCAGCAAUCACUUUACCGGGCUGGGAAGUUUCGACAGUGGCAGCUUCGGUGGUGGCAACAAACAGCAGCAGGGUGGUCCAGGCUCGUCCAAGAACAAGUUUAACUUUGCCGAACCGCCGCCGCUGGUGAAGUCAACGCUCAACACCCUCAAGCACUUUGGCGAGGGACUUAUAGGUAAUGGCAAUGGGGCUGGCCGAGCACCGUACGAGCUCGAAAGUGAAGAGAAUUACAAAUUCGGUUCCUACUUCGGCAAGGGCCAUUACGGUGCCGAGGAGAGCUACGAAAGUUCGGCUGAGCCACUACCGAGCAAAGGGAAGUUCCCCAAGCUUGGUAGUGUUGGAGCUGCCGGUGUCGGUGCAGCCAACUUGGGUAGCAAGUUCGCCACCGACUUCGACGUAAAGAACAUUAAGCUCACUAGCGAGGGUGGCACGUACGCUAACGUUGGACACAAGCUGCCCGGUACACUGACCAAAAACACCUCACCACACCACAAACUUCCCCAGUCGACACAUCACCUGCCGCAUCACCUUCAACAUCACCAACAGCAGCAGACGCUGCCACAUCCGGCCCAGUCACACGCACACCUACACCCGCACACGCUCGGCACUACCGGUAGCAUUGUUAAUCCUAAUCCUCUCGACUUUCGGCCAAAAUUUAAACUACAAGAUGUCCCCAAUUUGUAUCCCGCCGACCAUCUAGAUGCCGGUAUAGCGGCGAAGGGCCAGAUCGAGAGCUUCCUCAACUCGGAACACGCGCUGAAGGACGAGUCACUGGUGGCGCAGCUGCUCGGCGACGGUAGUCCGGCUGCCCGGCCCCACUACCACCAGUUCCUGAAGUCGCAGGAGGACGAGAAGCUGGAGAAGGAGGCACUCCGGCAGCAGAUCGAGUACCUGAAGGCGCAGGCAGCGAAGCGUCCGCUCGAUCAUGGAAACCCGAGCCGCCCGCCCAUUGUCUCGAAUGCCCAGAAGUUCCGACCGGUUCGCCGCAUUCCCUCCCACGUGCGACUCGGCGUAAAGGCUCCUUACCCACUGCCCCGCAUUCCACACUAUAACGAUCGUCCGUAUAGCAUCAGUUUCAAGAUAUAAACAUCAGUACGAUGCCAAAAAGCAAAACAAAAUAAAAGAAUAGGUGCAAUCGCUGGUCGAGAUCAGCCUCGGCCCCAUCUACAGCCUGCUUCCGUAGGAUCCACCUAGGCUACGUCUGGAUAAACUGUCUGUCAAAUUCCCUCACCUCACCCCAAGAAAAAACAUUUCCUUCCUACACCAGGCGCACAGUCACAGUUUGUUACCGUUUUGUUACUAUAUGAUCCUCCAUUUCAUUCAUAGUAUGUACGAUUGAAUUAUUUAUUUUUUCAUUAGUUUGUAGAACGACAAAAAAGCUUCCUCCCCUACUCUAUUGUUGGGAACUGGGUUUGGAGGAAUUCCUUUUAAAAAGUUAGCGAUGAAAAUAAAACUAUCAACAAAUGGUUUGUUUCGCACAAAG